UUAGGUUAACUGUACUCAUACCGCUAAAUUUGGCUAACUUAGUCCAUUAGCUGGUAUGCUAACGUGUGUGCUUUUAAAGCAACUUAUUCGAUGCAAGAGUGGGCUAGCCAAUGCUAGCUGUAGUUCCUCCUUUCGUUCAAGUAGCACGGAAGCUAAUUAGCCGCAGCGGUUAACGUUGCUGAGCAUUUAGCCGACUUAUAACCGCUUCACAACUUUGACUUCAACUUUCUAGCGGCGGAGUUGCCGCGAACGAACACAAAGCAAACAUAUUAUACAUACAACAGAACUUACCUUUGAUUUAAAAUCCUGUUAGUUUCUGUUCGUCUCCGUUAUAAUGUUGUAGUUUUACUGUCCAGCAGCCAAUCCCUUAGUCACUAGCUGUCGAGCUAACAAUUAGCUAGCCGCGUUAGCUUGCAUACGUUAGCCUGUAAGCGAAUAGUGAUUUGUUUUGAAGAGGGGGUCAGCCUGCGACAGCGAGCGGCUGCUUGCUAGCUUGCUCAAGUUAGCCGAGUCAAAUGUGCCCUUUUAAAAUCGCUCCAAAGACACUUUUCGAACGCGAUUGACUCCCCGGUACCGACAGGAACACUUGUUAUUUCAAAUAGAGCGUGUUCGAUCCGUACACGAACGCGGGUCUAAGUUUAGCAUGCAAAGCAGGAAAAACUCAGUCAUAUUUUUUCGAAUCAAAAUGGCGACAUGGGUGCGGGGACGCGCACUCGUCCUGCGCGGGAACGUGCAUUGGACGGCGAACUGAGCAUUUUCGAGUUUUACGUUGAUUAAGUUAAGACUACAGGUUAGGUGCAUUGACAUCUAAAGUUUUCACCGUGUCAGUAAAUAUUAAAACGACUGCUAUGUGUAGUUUCUUUUGAGGUGAAAUAAUUAGUAAACAAAAACUGUGCUUCUUUUUGACUCAUCGCCAAAUGCGUUUACAUUUACAUUACCGUAAGGGCAGCUAAAGUUGCAAGAGGCAUUCCUGCUCAACUCGAAUAGUGUACUUUGCGAAGAAUUAUCAGCACUAAAACAGAAAAGAGUGACGUUGAGUGUCCUCCCCUCCCUUCCUUCUUGUACCCUUCCUUCCUACCCCUAUUAUCCCACAAUGCAUUGCGCUGGCUCGCUUGGAUCAUGGACCAAAGCGACAAUGAUCUUCAAGGAAGCGACGGCUCUGGGAGUCUGGGUGGUCCGGAUGUACGCAGACGCAUCCCCAUCAAACUCAUAUCCAAACAGCCCUUAAGGAUCAAACCCCCGCCCCGUGUCCAGAGACCUGGCAACAGGCCCCUGAAAAGUGACGCCGUGGAAGAUGACAACUUUGGCUUCAAGCAGGAGGACAGGUUUGAUUGUGGGAGUAAAGCUGGAGAUGUGUUUGCUGGCCAGAGGAGAUACCCGCAGCCACUCUUUUGGGAUUAUAAGUUGAAUUUAAUCGGCGAAAGAGAUGAAGUGCCAAUUCACUUCUGUGACAAAUGUGGGCUUCCUAUCCAGCUAUACGGACGGAUGAUUCCCUGCAAACAUGUCUUCUGCUACGAGUGUGCUUUGCUGCAUGAGAAGAAAGGAGACAAGAUGUGUCCUGGUCUCACCCUCUAUAGCUGCACCGACGCAGUACAGCGUAUCGAGCAGUGCCAGCGUGGCUCCCUCUACAUGUGCAGCAUCGUGUCGGGAUGCAAGCGCACCUACCUGUCCCAGCGUGACCUGCAGGCCCACGUCAAUCAUCGCCACCUGCGGGCCACCAAGUCCUCUGGCCGCCAGGACCCCAUGCACAUGCCCCCUGGAUCCGAUGUCCCCGAUAGGUUCCGCGUUCCUCCACCCCAUAUGACCAAAAACCACAUUCAUCUCCCCAACCCGCUUCAGCACGGUGGCCACGACCCCUAUGGUCAGCCGCCGCCCCCACACGACGGACCCCCACCAGCUCAUGGCCCCGAGACUUACCGCAUUGCCACAGUGACGACGCGCAAACACAGCAAUCUCAUCACUGUGCCGAUCCAGGAUGAUUCCAGGGAUCCGCUUUCGGGCCCGGGUCAGCCCCCCCAUCACCGGCCUGGGGACUAUCCCGGACAGCCGCCUGUCGUGUCCCACGCUCACCACAUGAUGGCGCCACCCCAGCAGCACUUUGGCCCCCCGCCUCCGCCACCGCCACCCAUCAGCCAUCCCAUGCAGCACCCUCCCCAGGUGUACAACCAGGCCCCGCCUCCACCUAUGUCCACAGCCCCGCCUCCAAUCACCCCACCACCAGGGCACAUCUUGGGCCAAAUGCCUCCUUACAUGAACCACCCACCUCCUGGACCUCCACCACAACACAGCGGACCCCCAGUAAACGCCCCCCCACCUCAUCACUACAAUCCCAACUCCAUGCAGCAGUUCCCCGAAGACCAGGGCACGCUGAGCCCACCCUUCAACCAACCAGGCGGUCUCAGUCCUGGAAUGUGGCCCGCUCCGAGAGGGCCGCCGCCUCCUCGGAUGCAGGGCCCCCCUCCCGGGCCCGCCCCACACCACCCAGAUCAAGGCCGCUACCGACCUUAUUAUCAGUAAAGUAAUUGCCCAUUGUGUUCCACACCACUUGUAUGAAGAAAUGUGAUGCUAAACCUCAGGGUUACAGGAUGUAGACUUUUAUUCUGGUAAAACUGCCACGUGAGUGUGCGCCGCAUUUUAGUUACUUGGAAAAGAGGAGGAACAUCCCCUCUUUUAAAAAAUCCAAUGCUUACAGUACAUUUUCUGUAUGUCAGCUGAUCUUGGUACUUUGAAAGGUGUUUGAAUAAAUGUUUAACAUUAA